CAUUCAUUCUUGUGUUUUAUAUGGUAAUACUUGGUCGUGGUCGUGCCAAUUUAAGUUUGUAAGACGAAAUAUAUAAAAAAUAACAAAUUAACACCUUCAUAAAUGUACCAAAACGUUAUCUAAACCAAAAUGGAAGACAACCAAAGCAAUGAUACUAAAGAGUCAAUAAAUGAAGAGAAUAAAAUUAAACAAAAGGCUGUUUUGGAAGAAAAACCAAAUCGUAAUAAUGAUAAAAUAAAUAUUAAUAACAAUACAGGAAUAGAUACAAACAUGACAAUAUGUCUUCUAAUAUGUAUUAUAGGGGUGGCUUUAGGAAUUCUCCUUGAAAUUGUAAAUAUACAAAACAAAAAUAGAAAAACAUAUAAGGAGCAAAUAAAAUCUGAAAGACCGACAUAUUGGGUAUAUUCCGCUUACAGCGAUGUAGAAAAUAGAAAUGGGUUAUUAAAACAUGUACAUUUAGUUUUAGGAAGAAUGGGUUACGAGAAAAGUACUAACCAAACGCCCUGGGCCCUAUUAUGGUCUCACGAUUACCCCUUCAGGGUUCUGUAUCCAAAUCUGCAUAGAUUAAAACCAUAUCAAAAAGUAAAUCACUUUCCUGGCACCGGAUUUAUUACGAACAAAGUUGAUUUAGCGACUUCAAAAUCUAAAUAUAUACCGAAAGCGUUCAAAUUACCUCAAAAUAAGCAUGAAUUUAUAAAAUAUGCAUCGGAGAAUGAAAACGCACUUUUUUUGGAGAAACAUAACCAACAUAGAGGCGUAGUUCUGAAGAACGUGACUGAAAUAGAUCUGUCGAGCGGAGAAAGUUUCGUUCAAGAGUACGUGCAAAAGCCGUUUUUGGUGGAUGGACAUAAGUUCGAUAUUGGAGUGUACGUUGUGUUGACUUCCGUUGAUCCUUUGAGAGUCUAUUGGUAUAAAGGAGACGUAUUAUUCAGGUACUGUCCAGCGAAAUAUUAUCCGUUUGACGCAAAGAAUUUGGACAAAUACGUAGUGGGUGAUGAUUAUCUGCCGACAUGGGAAGUGCCGUCAUUGGCGCAUCCUUAUACUGCAUUAGGAUUUGGAAUGAAAGACGUGUUCGACCAAUAUGUGAAAUCAAAGGGAAAGGAUCCUUUAAAGAUGUGGGAAGAUGUACAAAAUGCAAUUGCUGAAGUAUUUAUAUCCAAAGAAAAAUAUAUAAUCGAUGCUUUAAAAAACUACCCAUCGGCGGAGAAUUUCUUUGAACUUAUGAGGUUCGACUUAGUAGUUGACGAGGAUCUAAGAGUAUACCUGUUGGAAGCGAAUAUGUCUCCAAAUUUAAGUUCAGCACAUUACCCGCCGAAUCAGUUACUCUAUGAACAAGUAUUAUACAAUCUAUUUUCUCUCACAGGAGUCACGGAGUAUGUGAAUAGAUAUAAUGACCCUAAUCUAAGAGACUAUACUGCUGCCCAGCAUAUGGUGUCAUCGCAAAAAAAUAUAGCUGUAUGGGGUAAAGAGUGUAGUACACUAUGUAGAGACAACUGUGAAUCACACGCAGUUUGUGGACUGUGUAAACCAUGCUUGAACAAUAAGCUAAGGAACAGUUUGUUGAAAGCGCAUACAGAACACUUGCAUAGAGGCGAUUUUGGAAGACUAAUCCCGCCUCCACUAGAACCUACUACGCAAAUAUCUAACGAUAAACUAAAACUUCUGACUGAAACCAAUAAACUUCAAUAUUUAUGGUAUCAAGGAAAAUGCAAUAAAGAUAUGAAAUGGUGUACAUAAUAGAUAAAACUUUAUUGUAACUAUAAGUAAUUUAUUAAUAAAAAAAACUUAAUAACUAUUACAAAAAUAAAGAAACUUUGUUUUUAUAUUCCACUAAGACUCUGGGAUCAUUGACUGAAGUAAGCCCAGAAUGUAACUGC